CAGGUUCUUCCCCUUCUCUCAUAAUCGCCGAAGGAGCGAACUUGCAAUACUGAGUUGCAAUAAUUUCACCGGCUUCACUUCAGCAGAAGACACCAACUUUAUAAAACCUUCGACUUCAAAUUCAAUACAUAAAAUUCCUCAAUCGUCUCUCAAUACACAAACAAAUUGAAUUAAAUUUAUUAUUUUUCACAUUAAACAAAAAUGAAAAUUGCGUGAAAGUUGUCAUAACCUCGACUUCAUAUUUCUGAAAAUCCUCGUUGUCCACCCGAAGAAAAAAAGAAGCAUCGUUGAUCGAAAUAAUAUUAAAAAAAAACGAUCGCCUAAAGAUUAUCACCUACAGUUAGUAGAAUGGCGUACGGACCGCAACCUGGAUGCUCGCACUACAGAAGAAAAUCGCAACUUGUAACUCCGUGUUGCAAUAAAGUGUACACUUGCCGAUUCUGUCAUGAUGAGGAAGAGACACAUACUCUUAAUCGUAAAGCAAUCACCGAAUUGGUAUGCAUAUCCUGUCGUAUCCGCCAACCAGUUGGGAUCACUUGCAAAUAUUGUGGCCAGCGAUUUGGAAGAUAUUCUUGUCUGAAGUGUAAUCUGUUUGAUGACGAGGAUAAGGGACAAUUCCACUGCGAUGCAUGUGGAAUUUGCAGGGUCGGGGGCGACUACAAUUUUUUUCACUGCGCUACGUGCAAUAUUUGUCUCCCAGUUCAGAGAAUUGAUAACCACAAGUGCGUUGAAAAUGUGUCUCGGGACAAUUGUCCAGUGUGUCUGGAGGAUCUUCACACGAGUCGCAUUGCCUGCCAUAUUCCCAACUGCGGCCAUUUGAUACACACAACGUGCUAUAACCAGCUGACCAAUUCUGGGCACAAUACCUGCCCCACCUGUCUCGUAUCAAUUUGAGAUACUUGACCUGCACUGUCACGCAUUUCUAAAAAUUCUCCAAAAAAUCACAUUAUUUUUAUUUGAGUGCUUACAUAAUUAAAAUACUUUCAUAUUAACACAUUAUUCAGACUGAGUCAACUGAAGCGAAAGUUGAUAAAAUUUAAUUUGAUUUUUCAAUAUUUUUUUUAUUUCUAAGAAGAGUGGCUCAGCAAUAUAAACAGACUCAGGAAUUCGAUUUGAUGAGAUUAUUAUCUCUGAGACGUUAUUUCUAUUAUUCUAUCGCAUCUUUAUAUUCCAGAAAUUCGAUACUUCAUGAGUUUUUUCCAUUCAAAUUUUUUUUUGUAUUGGUGACGGAUGUUCACUAAGAAUGCUCAGUGUUUUUCCGACGUUUUUUUAUUUUACGUUCAUAAUUUUUGGGAAUUGUAACAUGUUGAAGAUUAUCUAAAAAAAUAGGUAACGUUCGAGAUAAGAUUUGAUAAAUAUAAUAAAUUAAACAGACAAGA